AUGGCGGCCCCUAAGGCGUCACAGCUCUCCUCCGACAAGAUCUCCAACGAAGGCCCUGUACUGGCUGUGUUCAACAAGCGUCUCCGCGCCCUGCGCAAAAAACUCAAUCGCAUAUCCCAGAUGGAGGAGUCUCUCUCCAAAGGGAAAACCCUUAACAAAGAGCAGGAGGAGACCUUACGCUCGAAAUCAUCGGUGAUCGCCACUAUCAACGAGCUCGAGAAAAUCCUCCAGCCCGUCUCGGAGGCCGUGGAUCUCGAAAUCCAACUCGCUCUGGAUAAAUUUAAGCAAACGGCCAAAUCCUUGGCAGAGGAAAGAGAAAACGAGCUUCAGUCGGCUAUUUCUGAUCUGCUUGGUUUGCUUUACUUUGGCAGCUUGUUUGAUAUGCACACAUUGAUGAGGGCGUCCGAGUGCAUGCUGAUAAGGGCGCAUGAGAGGAACUGCUGUCUCACGUACGAUUGCGUCACGGAUGAUGAUGGUGCCUCCGGUGAGUUGCUGAAAGAGUGGGAUUUUGAUCUGAUUGCGAUGAUGGCAGGCUUGUUGACGUCCCGGCCGGUGACUUCAAGGUUGCCUCAUAAGAUCUCGCUCCAAAGGUGCGUGGAGCAUGCCAAGCUAUGGCUGGAAAAUUCAGAGAAGCAGAUCGAGCCAGAUUCAGGGAUCACUUAUGCCGAUCUGAGACGGAAGCUGAACAAAAUAAUGUGUUCGGAUUACUUCACCAAAAAUCCAGCGAUGAAGGCUCCCAUUGAAAUGAUUCAAGCUGCUGGCAAUUAUCCUUUUCAGUUUCUGGUGCAUAAGCCUGUGAUACCUGAAGUUUUUGUCAAUGCCCCAAUGGAAAGUUCAUCUGCAGAAUUUGAACAAGAGGUCACCUGGCAGGGAAGAUGGUUCUGA